UGGUUCAACGCCGACAAACCUCGACUCGCCUGCCUCGAAGAGGUGCUCCUCUACACCGAGCAGCCGCGCCCCUCCGCCGGUUGUCGACUCGGACCGCAACGCAUGUACCUGGCGCUGGAGCGCGACUCGCCCUACCCUCAACAAGCCGAUAUCGCCGAGGCCUACACUUGCUUGACGCUGGCCGGCGCCUUCAGCAUGGACACCCAAUUCUAUUAGGCUCCGCUUCUAUUCGGCUCCCGGACAUCAUCUGGAACCGAGCAAAUCUCGGCCUCCCUUCGGAGUUGCCUUGA